UAUCAUACUUAUCAUGUUAUCUCAGACGUCAUUUUAGGAGCACGGAAAAAGUAAAAACAUUUUGUAUACAUAGUUUUCUAAUACUUAUUGGGACCUCCAGUUAUUCUAAAUUAUAAAUUAGUGAAAGUAGUUAUAAGUGUAUACAACAAAUUCAAAUGCAUUAACUAGACUAUACAAUGGGGAACUCUGGCUUAAAGCAACAUUACGAUAUUGCAUCCAAAACGGGUGUUUUGCAAAUAUCGGACCAUAAAUUAAAAGAUAUACCGGUAGAAGUACUCAGUUUGAGUGAUAUUUUGAGGAACUUAGAUUUAUCAAAAAAUAAGUUGGUACAUUUGCCUGAUGAUAUAAGCAAGCUGAAGAAUUUAAAACAACUUAACGUCGAGUCCAACAGAUUAGAAACAUUGCCCAACACGAUAGCGAAUCUGAAAAGAAUUGAGUUGUUCAACGCUUCUAAUAAUCAGUUAUUGGAAUUGCCUUCGUCCUUCUCGAACUUGAGUAACUUGAAGCAAAUCUACCUGAACAAUAACAAUUUCAAGCAGUUUCCUAUACAACUGCUGGGGCUGAAGAAUUUGGAUGUGGUUGAGCUAUCUCACAACAAAAUUACAGGGAUACCUAGUGGCAUGUCUCAAUUAUACGCAGCUGAACUGAACUUGAGUCAAAAUGAGAUAUCUUUCAUCAGUGAAGACCUCCAUCAGGCACCAAGGUUAAAAAUCUUGAGAUUGGAAGAGAAUUGCUUGAGCCUUGAAGCAAUCAGGCCAAGUUUGCUGCGGGACUCCAAGAUACACACUAUCAACUUAGACGGCAACCUUUUCGAGUCUAAGCAGCUGGCUUCUAUGGAGGGCUACAAUGAAUACAUCGAAAGGUACACUGCAAUGAAGAAAAAAAUGUUUUAAAUAUCUUAAAGUGUUUUCAGGUAGUCUUUGAUUUAAUAUGAGUUAUGCUAAACAGCACAGAUUUUAUAAUUUUUCACUUUACACAACCUGAAUUUAAUUACAUUGAUGUGGUAUUGUCGUCACUCCUCAGAUUAUAGUGUCUUUUGGCACUCACUUCUAUGAAGGAAAUCAGUCACACAUAUCUGUCUCCUAAAAAGCCGCUCCCAUACGAUAAAUUAAAUUGUAGUGCACAGUAACAAGGAAAAAUAUUGUUGUAAUUUACUAAUGUCUUUACCUACCUAUGGAGUACCAUAGGGCAUAGUGCAUGAACGUAAAGACUUUAUACCAACCAAAUUAUUGCAGUAAUUUGUUUUUGUGAACUAGGGUAUUGAUUUAUUAUAUAUGUCUAACUACCUUUUAAACCUUUUUGUCUGGUAUACAUUUUUGUUGCUAAAAAUUGUUUGUGGAAAGAAAUUAAUUUCUUUGUAUGGUGGCAGUGGCGGCUAUUAAGUUUGUGUGACAUUAUGUGAUGUUUAUCAGUAUCACUAUGUAACAGUGAUGUACACAUAAUAGUUAAUUAUAGAUUAAUUUAUUUAUUGUAUUAAAUGUGAUGUUUCAAGUG